AUGGCAGCUCAGCGGAUCCGAGCCGCCAACGCCAGCGGCCUCCCCCGGUGCAAGUCCGAGGGGACCUUGAUCGACCUGAGUGAAGGGUUUUCGGAAACGAGCUUUAAUGAUGUCAAAGUGCCUUCUCCCAGUGCCUUGCUAGGAGACAAUCCCACACCUUUUGGAAACGCAAAGGAAGUGAUCGCAAUCAAGGACUACUGCCCCAACAACUUCACCACCCUGAAGUUCUCCAAGGGCGACCACCUCUACGUCUUGGACACGUCCGGCGGGGAGUGGUGGUAUGCCCACAACACCACGGAGAUGGGCUACAUCCCCUCCUCCUACGUGCAGCCCCUCAACUACCGGAACUCCACGCUGAGUGACAGCGGGAUGAUCGACAAUCUUCCCGACAGCCCAGAGGAAGUGGCCAAGGAGCUAGAUUUGCUGGGAGGAUGGACAGAUGACAAGAAGGGACCCGACAGAACCUACAGUAAUAACCCUUUCUGGAACGGGGUCCAGACGAACCCGUUUCUGAACGGGAAGGUGCCAGUGAUGCCCAGUGUGGACGAGCUGGCUCCCAGAAGCACCGUGGACCUGCUGCUCUUUGACACGGGCACGUCUUCCUUCACGGGAUCCAGCUCGGCCACCACGAACAGCACUGGCAACAUCCUGGACGAGCUGCCGGCCGCACACCAGCUCCACGCCGAGGGGCCAGUCAGGCGGGACAACCCCUUCUUCCGGAGCAAACGCUCCUACAGUCUGUCGGAACUCUCCGUCCUCCAAGCCAAGUCCGACGCGCCCGACUCGUCGGGGUAUUUCACGGGCCUGAAGUCCCCGGCCCCCGAGCAGUUCCAGAGCCGGGAGGACUUCCGCGCAGCCUGGCUGAGCCACCGGAAGCUGGCUCGGUCUUGCCACGACCUGGACUUGCUGGGCCAAAGCCCCGGGUGGGGCCAGACCCAGGCCGUGGAGACCAACAUCGUGUGCAAGCUGGACAGCUCCGGGGGCUCCGUGCAGCUUCCCGACACCGGCAUCAGCAUCCACGUGCCCGAAGGCCACGUGGCCCCGGGGGAGACCCAGCAGAUCUCCAUGAAAGCCCUGCUGGACCCGCCCUUGGAGCUCAACAGCGACCGCUGCUGCACCGUCAGCCCCGUGCUGGAGGUGAAGCUGAGCACCCUGGAGGUGAAAACCGUCAUCAUCCUGGAGAUGAAAGUGUCCGCCGAGGUGAAGAGCGACAUCUUCAGCAAAAGCACGGUGGGCCUCCAGUGCCUGAGGAGCGACCUGAAGGAGGGGCCCUAUGUCCCCACCCCCCUCAACUACAGCUACGGGGACACGGUCCAGGUGCCCCUGGACAACCUGGAGCCCUGCAUGUACCUGGCCAUAGUGGCGCACGGGCCGAACAUUCUCUACCCUUCCACCGUGUGGGACUUCAUCAACAAGAAAGUCACCGUGGGUCUCUACGGCCCCAAACACAUCCACCCGUCCUUCAAGACGGUGGUGACCAUCUUCGGGCAUGAUUGCGCCCCAAAGACGCUCCUGGUCACCGAGGUCACCCGCCAGGCCCCCAGCCCCGCGCCCGUGGCCCUGCAGCUCUGGGGAAAGCACCAGUUCGUCUUGUCCAGGCCCCAGGACCUCCAGGUCUGCAUGUUCUCCAACAUGACCAACUACGAGGUCAGAGCCGGCGAACAGGCCAAGGUCGUGAGAGGGUUCCAGAUGAAGCUGGGCAAGGUGAGCCGCCUCAUCUUCCCCAUCGCCUGCCAGAACCCCGGCGAGCUCUCCGACUUCACCCUGAGGGUCCAGGUGAAGGACGACCAGGAGGCCAUCCUCACCCAGUUCUGCGUCCAGACCCCCCAGCCGCCCCCCAAAAGUGCCAUCAAGCCGUCCGGGCAGAGAAGGUUCCUCAAGAAGAACGAGGUCGGGAAGAUCAUCCUGUCCCCGUUCGCCGCCACCACCAAGUACCCCACCUUCCAGGACCGCCCCGUGUCCAGCCUCAAGUUCGGCAAGCUGCUCAAGACCGUCGUCCGACAGAGCAAGAACCACUACCUGCUGGAGUACAAGAAGGGCGACGCCAUCGCCCUGCUCAGCGAGGAGAAGAUCCGGCUCAAGGGGCAGCUGUGGACCAAGGAGUGGUACAUUGGCUACCACCAGGGCAAGGUGGGCCUGGUGCACGCCAAGAACGUGCUGGUGGUGGGCAAGGCCCGGCCCAGCCUCCUGGCGGGGCCCGAGCUCAGCACCUCGGUGCUGCUGGAGCAGAUCCUCCGGCCCUGCAAGUUCCUCACCUACAUCUACGCCUCCGUCCGGACGCUGCUCAUGGAGAACAUCAGCAGCUGGCGCUCCUUCGCCGACGCCCUGGGCUACGGGAACCUGCCGCUCACCUUCUUCUGCCGAGCAGAGCUGGACAGCGAGCCUGAGCGGGUGGCGUCCGUCCUGGAGAAGCUCAAGGAGGACUGCAACAACGCGGAGAACAAGGACCGGAAGUCCUUCCAGAAGGAGCUCAUGAUGGCCUUGCUGAAGAUGGACUGCCAGGGCCUGGUGGUCCGGCUCAUCCAGGACUUCGUGCUCCUGACCACGGCCGUUGAGGUAGCGCAGCGCUGGAGAGAGCUGGCCGAGAAGCUCGCCAAGGUGUCCAAGCAGCAGAUGGACGCCUACGAGUCUCCCCACCGGGACAGGAACGGGGUCGUGGACAGCGAGGCCAUGUGGAAGCCCGCGUAUGACUUUCUGCUGACCUGGAGCCACCAGAUCGGGGACAGCUACCGGGACGUCAUCCAGGAGCUGCACACCGGCCUGGACAGGAUGAAGAACCCCAUCACCAAGCGCUGGAAGCACCUCACGGGCACCCUCAUCCUUGUGAACACCCUGGACAUCCUGCGAGCGGCUGCCUUCAGCCCUGCCGACCAGGACGACUUUGUGAUUUGA